CCGCGGGAGGGCAAGACACCCUUACACGGUCCCGGGGAACGGAGCCGGCCCCUCCCGCCGCCUUCUCCCUUCCCGAGGGGCGGCCGGGGGCGCUCGGGCGCCGCCAUGCGAGGGCAGCAGCGCCGCGCUAUCCGGGCCGGCGCGGAACGGCGGACAAGAUGGCGGCUCCCAUGGAGCUGAGCUGCUGGGGAGGCGAUUGGGGGCUGCCCUCCCUGCACCCGGAGUCUCUAACCGUCAUGGCUUAUGCCAAAUUUUCUGGUGCUCCCUUGAUAGUGAAUACGAUAAGUAACUCUUGGAGAGCUCCGAAAGGAGAGGUACCAGUCCUGAUAUCAGAAGACAUUGUUAUUUCUCAGCCAGCAAAAAUACUAAACUUCUUAAGAAAGCAGAAAUAUAAUGCUGAUUAUGAAUUGUCUGCAAAACAAGGAGCUGAUACACUGGCAUAUAUUGCACUGCUUGAAGAGAAACUGCUUCCUGCUCUGGUAAAUAUUGAGAAAUACUUCAUAAUGGUCAUAAUUUUUGGCACUGGAUUGCCAGAAGAGGUGACUAUGUUCUGUCCUGAGUUGUGUUUGACAUACACAGAAAAUGGUUAUGUUGCAGAGGUCUUAAUGUCUUACCUCAGUCACUUUGGGUUUUGGUUUUGUUUUGUCACUCUUUUCAGGCCUACCACCUUGGAUGCCUUUGUGUUUGGUUUCCUUGCACCGAUUUAUAAAGUGUGCUUCCCCAGAGUACAAUUACAAGAGCAUUUGAAACAGCUUCCCAAUCUGUGUCGAUUCUGUGAUGAUAUUUUAACUUGCUACUUCAGGUUAACUGUCUCAGGCCAUUCUCCGGCUGGACAGGAUACAGCAGAUGCUAAUCUGCAGAAACUCACACAGCUUGUAAAUAAGGAAUCCAACUUGAUUGAAAAGAUGGACGACAACCUUCGUAAGAGUCCUCAGCAUCCCCCUCGAAAGCUAACAACCCUCAAGCUUGCUGCAGGUGGAGAAGAAAGCAGUCCAUUGAAUCGUUUGUCACCUUGACAGCUUUUGUUGCCCAGACACACGUGUUUGCCUUCAACUCUUCUGAGCGCCACAGUAAACUUUUUCACGUGAAUGUUGUUUUGCAAGGGGAUAUCUUCUAACGGGUACAAGUAGAGAAGAAAUAUAGUUUUACAAUCUCCUGUCUACCUGUUCUUUUAAGAAAUUGCAUAGUUCAGGCUGACCACACACUAAGCGGAGGCUAAAGUAAACAGGAAGCUUAUUCCUACAGAUGUUAAAGUGAUUUUGUACAGCCUAUUUUUGCCGUUAGCCUAGCAGAAAUGUUGACCAAAAGUUAAAAUUCCGCUUAUAGAAUGUUCACCAUUAUUUUAUUUUGUGGCUUUUGGUUUUACUGUAAUCAUGUUACUAUAUGUGAGUGGGUAUACUCUUAUAUCUGUCUGAAAAUUACAAAGUCCAGUUGCAAAAUCAGUGAAAAGACUGGGAAAAAAAUAGAAUGUUGCCCUUUGUGGCAGCUGAGAAAUGAAAAGCAACGAGAGGAAGUUAAAUAUUUUUUUAUUUGACUUCCAUGAACGCGCGUGGGUCUUGUGUUUUAAGAUUGAUUGUAUUUUUUAAAACUUGUCAUGUUGUACUUUUAGGGGGAUUGUUGAAAAGUGUGUGUGCCGUGGGGAGUACAAUGAGGUACAAAAGUAACAUUCCACAGGUACCUGGUAUUAGUGUGAAACAAGCUUAACCUGUGCACAGCAUAAUACCACAUGCUGCAAAAUUGUUAAGUCAAAAUCGCAGAGGACUGGUAGUGAGAUGGAGACAUCUGAUUAGCUCCUGUCAGACAAGAGACUUGACGAGCAAACACACUGCGACUCUGGAUUGAAAGGAGCUGGUUAGGGCUUUAUAAGACAACUGAUGUAGGCUUUUGAAUUUGUCACAGAUGCCUUUUAAUUAGUUUUGUCUUAUUUUUUUAUAAGCACUACAGUUCAUUCAAAAACUAAAAUAAAAACCGUCCAAAUUUUUAUUUUUUCACAGUCUAGUUCAGAGUUCUUUUAUCUCUGCAAACUGUAAUACAUUGCAGUGCAUAUUUCUUCUGUUUAACUAAGGGACUUAAGUCUCAUUACAUAUUCUCUCAAGCAGCCUUGCCCAGUUCUAAAGACCCAAGCAAUUCUGUUAGAAGGGAUGCUGUAAUUGUCUACUGGCAGUAGACUGGCAGGUGUUUUGUGAGUGGGUGUAAAGAGAAUUAGUCAAGGAGAUUGGCCAAAAUGGCAGCGGUUUGGAUACAGAAUUCUGAUAGCUGUGUGUAUGGGAUGACUGUUCUGUUUUUUUUUUCCUUUUUCUGGCCAAAUCAAAAUAGUCUUCCAAGCUUCCCUUCAACUACUAGUCAUGUUUGAGAUAUAUAAAUAAAUUAUUUCCUAUUUAUAAAGACAAGACUGUAGAUUGUGUACAUACUGUACUUUCAGACUCGAUACGUAAGGAAUGUAAUAUCCGUAGCAUUUCGUAAUUAUAACUGAAAUGUUUGGUUUCUAAUGGGCACUUUAAAAUAAUGUUUAAGCUUCAUGCUCUUACUAGAGUAUUUAUUUCAGUGAUUUGAAAUUAAUUUAGCUCAUACUCAUGACAAUUGUAUGAACCGACAGUCUACUACAUGUAAAAUAAGUUAAGCAUUUAAAAUUUUUAAUGCCUGUAUCUUUACAAGGUUUAAAUGAGGUCAAGUCACAUGGCUUUUUAAAGUCUUUAAUUUAUAAACAUGGCUAUGGAGAAUAUGCCUUAGUUUGUUGCUUUUGUGAAUAUGUACACUCAAUCUUUAAAAUAUCUUUGUAAAAAUGUCAUUGUUCCAAGAUUAAAAUUUUGGAUUUUUAGUGGA